AUGGCGACUGGCCGAUGGGAGCUGGUUGAAGUGGACGAUUUCGUGCCAUGCACCAUGGAGGACGACUGGUCCGAUAUUCCCUACGAAGAGCAGGCUGAUGGGACGAGGGUUUACAACUACAAGGACGUCUACACCGAGAGUGGCGCCAAGCGCCUCCGAAAGAAGUGGGUGCCCCUCUUCGGCAGACCCAACGGGCGACAGGUCUGGGCCCUGAUCUUGGAGAAGGCCAUGGCUAAGUUCGUGGGCUCCUACGCCAACCUCUCCGGAGGUACAGAGCCCUUCGCGCUGAUGGCGCUCACAGGUUUUCCGGUGGUCUAUGUGUUCCAGCGUCCGGCCAUCGACGAUGCCGAGACAGCAGCGUUCAAGAACCACUGGGAGUGGAAGGGCGCGCAAUAUGGCAGUCGCACGAACACCGGCAUCGGCUCCAGUCGUUUGAGCCAUGUUCCAGACGACCUUCUGGAUGAGGAAAUCUGGGAGAAGGUGGUGAGCUACAUCGCACGCACUUGUCCCGUCACUGCAUCGAUCACUCGAUUUCCGGCGGCCAAGGCUGUGCGUGAUUACUACCGUCCGGACGGGCUGAUCUCUGGCCACGCGUAUGCCGUACUGGAUGCGAGGGAAGUCAUCUUGCAUAAUGAUCAAGGGCGGCGCAACGUGCCUCUCCGCUUGGUGGCCUUGAAGAACCCUCACGGCGACUGGAAAGCGGAGGGAGGAACGUUCUCCUCUACCUGGCUGGGGGAGUGGGGCCAUCAGUCUGAUCGGUGGCAGCGACACCCUGAGGUGGGAACCGGAAAGGCAAUUUUCAGCAUGAAGGGCUCAAGGGCUCCAUGCCGCCUAUUCCCACUCACGAUCAGAUCGUCAUGGUGGUUUAAGAGCAUUCAAAAACUGAAGCAACACUGA